GCCGCCGCUCCCACCCCUGCAGCGAGGCGACGCCCCGCCCCCGCCGGCGCGCGACUCUUCCCACCCCUGCGUCACGGUUGAGUCACGUUCCUUGGGCUCCGGUUGCCAUGGCGCCUAGGGAAGCCGUUGGCGCUGCACGCGAGACGCCGAGUUAAACACCUGCUGCUGACCAUGUAAUCCCCACCAGUCCUGUCAUCCUGCCUCACAACUGUGCCUGAAUUUUGGAAGGCCAUGGAUCGGCAUAUUCCUAUGCAUGCGUUACCUGAAGAAAUCCAGAAGAUGUCCCGGGAUGAAACAGUAUGUAAAUAUUGUGGAGUCAGCUAUCUGAUCCUUCAUGAAUUUAAGCUGAUGGAAGAAAAAGUAAAAGCAAUGGAAAACAAGAUGAAGUUUUAUGAGGAAAGUGUAGAACGGGAGAAAAGGCUUCAAGCAGAAUUGCAGUCUCUUAGCCAGGACUUUGAACUUUGCAGAACUGACAGUGAAUCAAAAACAGAAAGAAUACAAAAUCUAACCCUGCAGUUGAAAAACAAACAAGAUGAAUUACAAAAUCUAAAUGGGGAAUUGAGAUGUUUCCAAGAAGAGAAGGAAGUUGCAUAUAAGCAGUUGCAGCUGUUCAGGAGCAUAUUGGAGAACCACCGGUUAACUCUGCACAAGGCUCUUUCAUUACUUCUCUUUGUUAGAAAUGAGCUAGACAAUAUUAAACAAGUAGUGGCUAAUAAUCUAGAUAGCUGGACUACACUGAAAGAAGAGAUUUUCCGACAAAUAAAAACUUUACGCAAAGGAGUUUGGACAGAAAUAUCCAUAUUGAAUAAAAGGUUAGCAGAAUCCCAAAAGAAUAAUGUGUCCCUCCAAGAAGAGGUAAAACAGCUGAAGUUGGUGUUUGAUGAAGUUGAACUGAAAACUCAGCAGCUUCAGCACUCACUCCAGCGAGAGAAUGAAUUACAAAAGGAAACAUUAGAUUUAACAAAUCAAGUAGAGACAGUUGGACUCAAAUUUCAGAAAGUAACAGCUGAAAUGGACCACUACAAACAUCUACUCAUAAUGAAAACAAAAGAAGUUGACAGCUACGAAAGUGAACUAAAAAAACUGGAGCAUGCAAAUGACAUUUUACAAUCAAGGCUUACUAAUGAUUUAAAAGAAAAAGAAGAGUCUUUGCUAGUUUGCCAACAAGUACGUAGUCAUUUACAGGAAGAAGUGGCAGAGAAAGAGAGACAAGGAGAAGAUCUAAAAAGAAGAACUAAUUGUUUAGAGAGUGAACUGCAAACAAUGAAAAAUCUUCUUAGACAGAGAGAAGAAGAAGUGGAAAUGCUAAAAAAAGAAAGGGAGGUGAUGUUGAUUUCUCAUCAGAACAAAACAGAGCAACUGCAGGGAGCAUUAGGACAGAAGAUGCAAAAUGAAGACAACUGGAAGAAAAAGAUUGAAACCGACCUAGCUAAAUAUCAAGCACAACACAAAGAAGAGAUUCUCAUACUCAAGGAAGAAGCUAGGAUAGAACUAGACACUGAAAGACAAAAACACCAAGAAUUAAUCAUCAAGUAUCAAAAAGAUAAGGAAGAGUUACAGAAAAAGGUCCCUGAAUUAAUAUCCAGGGCCACAGAUAGCCUAAAUGUGGAAGUGGAAAUUCUUGAAAAGAAACUACGAGCAGCACAAAACAAACUGACAGAAAAGAACACAGAUAUGGAAAAAGAAAUUCAAAGCCUUAAAAGACUGAAUACUGAGCUUGAAUUUCAGCUUAAGAAGGAACAGAACAGCAAUGAUUCGCUUUUGGAGCGUAUGAGGAAAGAAAUGAAAAAGAAGUCAGAUGAACUGGAAAAAAUAACCCAGGAACAAACCCAGCUGCUUCAGAAUUUGAGUCAGGCUGAAGAAGAGAACUCUCUUCUCCAGGAAACGGUGCGCAGGGAGUGUGAGGAACGCUAUGGACUAACCGAAGCAUUGACUCAAGCCAGAGAACAAAUACUGGAACUGAAGACACUCAGUGGAAACUUCCCAUUGUCACAGUGUUCUCUCACUCAGGGCAGUGUAACCUCCUGUGCUGCACUGGUCAAUAGUUAUGGGCAAAAAAACCUUAUAAGUCCAAACUCUGGGAAGGAAAUCAAACUCUCAGGGCUGUGUGGCAUUUCAAGAGCUGCUAAUACACCAGCAUCCAAUAAGCACAAGAGCAAUGGUGAUGUGGGUUUACCAGUUCUAACUCCACCACAUCCUCCUAGAGGAAGAGCAUCUCUGAAUGAAUCCAGGAGCAGAAUAACUGCAAUUAUAAGGAGACAACUGAGUCAGCUUUAAUAUAUAGAAAUGACAAGGACAGAUUGUUUUAUAUAUCUGUGUAGCACAGGAAAGACCCUUCAGUGCAUCGUGUAGUCACUUGGUGGUGUAUCAUAGGGGCAUAAAUGACUCAGAAGUUCUUUCUUGAAGAUUAGUGCAUUUCUAUUUUUCAAGAACUUAAAACUAAGCUAAAACUUACUUUCAGAUACUUAUAUCUCACAACACAAGGAGAGCAAACAUGUAACUAAAUUAUUUGCAAAAUUAUUUUUCCCUAAAUCACCCUUUUGUCUGUGUUUUUCUGUUUCAGUGUUACCCAGUAAUUACAUCACUAGCUACUAGUUUACAAAAUUGCCAAAUUUGCCACUCUUUCAUUCUUGCAAAUUGUCUUAUUUAAGCCAUGAGACGAACUAAUCAUGGAGUAACAUAUUACUCAGCAGGAGAGACAUUGGCAGAAUCUAAACCUGAAGAACAGACAAAACACUGUCAGGGGAACACCCUCCCACCUAAUAGUCUAUCAGUUUUUAACCCAUUCUAACAAAUGUGUAGCACCACUAAUGCAGGGCAGUGUAGUGAUUUGGACCAGGUCUUCAACUGGUGUAAAUUGGCAUAAGGUCAUUGCAGUCCAUGGAGCUGUGCCAAUUUAGGCAUUUGAGAAUCUAGAAGUAAACUCUUUUAAACUCUUUCCUUGAGAGAAAAAUCUCUGAAUGAAAACCGUCACAGACUCCAAAGCCAGUGCUCAUCUGUACCUGUGGCAGGACAUAAAGUUUUCUUUGUGGGCUCCACAAGUGGUGUGAAGGAUUCAGUAAUGCCUGGUCCGGCUCUGCUGCAGUCUGAAAGAUGUGGCCUUUUUUUUUUCCCAUCAUGCAAGCAGGUUUUAGCAUGAGAUGAUUUUUCUAUGUAUAAGAACAGGCAUAGAGUUGUGAAACAGGAGGAAUAAUAUUUCUAUUUUACAUGUGUAAAACUGGUUUGUUUUAGAGCCUUCCACAAGGAUACUUUUAUUUGGGGGGGGAACCCAAGUGGUCUGUCAUCGCAUAAUGAGCUUAAGGUAAUAAGGUAUGUCUGCACUUCAGACUACGAGGUAGUGUAGAGAUACCCAAGAUGCAGUAUCACACAACUUGGCAUAGGCUAAUAUACCCAAGAAGCAGCAGAUAAUUUAUCCUGUGUUAAGCUUCAUGCUGCCAUGGUUUGCCUGCUAACCUACUAGGAGGUAGGUUAAAUGAGGAGUUUUUGGAAAUUCUCAGAAACAUCAAAAAUCAGAGGACUGAGAAUCUGAACUGUCCUUUUGAAAGCUUUGGCAUUGGGCACAGUGUCCCCCUAUAAUCGAGCUAUUUCUUCUUUAUGGGACACUUUAAUUUCUAUCUACAAAAUGUACCCUGACCUCCUCUUGAUUUCUGAGUCACAAGGCAUUCAGAACAUCUGAAAUGACAGCAAUCCAUAAUUUGUGUCCUCUAAGGCUCUAAUUAUGAUCUCACAGUGGAAUAGAUCCUGUGAAAUGAAGUUACAAAAGAUAAAAGUCGUGUCACAAAUCCAAAUCAGUGAAGAAUGUAGGUUAACAAUCUAGGGUGAGUUUUUGGAACUACUUGAUCUUUUCUAAUCUUGGCUCUCAUUGAAGUCAUUUGUAAAACUGCUGUUGACAAUACUGAGCUUUCUGAAAAUUCCACCCAUAUUCACUAGCCCACAAACCAAAAAAGAGGAUUUGUCAGCUGCUAAAGUCUACUCUUAUCAUUACUGUUUUAUUAAAAUUACUUAAUUUGACUGACCCAUAUGGUAAACUAUAUGGACCUGAUUCUAUUGUGGUUUAUUCAGGCAAAACUCCUGUCAGCUACAAAGAGCUUUUCCUGCCAAGGAAUAGUGUGAUUUGGACAUCAACAAAGGGGUGUAAGUGUAACUAUGAAGGGGCAGUUUGUAUCAUUGAGCUCUGCUUGGUUUGGGUCCUGACAUUAGGAAGAGAAAGCCGCCAUUCCAGUUCCCAAAGCUGCAUCUAAACAGGCAGUGUAAGGGCUGCUGUACGUUCGUUCCACUUGCAUUCCACUAUGGACUGCUGCGCCACUCAGGGAUCAGAAUAUAGUGAAUUCUGUGUUAUACCCUUGUGUUGUGUAGGAAGAAGGAA